AUGACGUUGAUGAUGAAAUCCUCCAUCUACACCAAGUGGGUGUCCUUCUUCAAGUCCAUGUGUGGCAAGUUUGACCUCAAGUCACACAUCAAUGGCACGGUGGCGCCCCAUCCCCAGGACCCUGAUUGGGAUCAAGUGGAUUGCUGCGUCUGCUCCUGGUUCAUCGACUCUGUCGACAACUCCGUCCUUGACCUCACCAUGACCAACAAUGAUCAGACCACCCGGAAUCUUUGGCUCACCUUCAAGGGCCUCUUCCGUGCCAACAAGCAAUCCUGGGCGAUCUUCCUCAGCCACGACUUCCACUCCAUGACACAGGGUGACUCCUCCAUCACCGAGUACUGCAGCCGCAUGAAGACCCUCGCCGAUGCCCUCCGUUACAUCGGCCAUCCCGUUCAGGACUCCAGCAUGUCCUGA